GCGUCGCCCAGCCGGGUGGUGGGGGUCAUCAGCGCCAAGAGGCAGAUUGUAUCCGGAAUCAAGUACAUAAUGGAAGUUGAGAUAGGCCGGACAACUUGCCCAAAGCCAGCAACUGAUCUCCAGAGCUGCGCUCUCCAUGAAGCACCGCAGAUGGCUAAGCACACCACUUGCAACUUUGUGGUGUAUACUAUUCCUUGGCUAAACCAAAUUAAACUACUGACAAGUAGCUGCCGAUAAGCCUGCCUUGCUUCCAGCGGAGACCAGCAACCAGUCGAUCAGAUUGAAAAGAAAAAAAGCAAUAACACAAAUUGAGAUGGGCUUUAUCAAUACCUGUUAACUCAACUACUUAUAUAUGCUUGUGCUAUGCAAGUUAAACUAUGUAACUUCCCUUUAAAGCACACUAUGAUCUCAACUUUGUUUUUCUUUGUAAUCACAUUUUAGAGCAGCAGUUUUAGUCUUCCCAAUAAAAGUAACUCCAACAUCAGAA